UAAUAUAAUGGAUAGAACUAGCUGCAAUUAGAAGACCCCCUCCCGCUUUUUACUGCAGGUCAGCGGCCAAGACACCAGUGAAUAUCUUUUGAUCCCCUCCUCAGAAUCCCAUCUCAACAUGCCCACUCCCCUCAACCCUUGUCGUCUUAGAGAAGCGUAUCGUGUCGAUCUACUCCCUUCUGAGUUUUGCACUUGGCGUGUUCAUGACCACAGUCUGAUGGGACCAUCACGAUCUUGGUGAUAGGCUUGUUUGAGAGUGCUAUUUUUGAGAGGUGCCAGCUCGUAAGCCAGCAUCCAAGUAGUGCUUACUUGUUAUCGCAUCUUUUUCUGCCAACAUAGCGCUAUACUAACAGAGCCUCACCUUUUCAACUUGUGGUUUUUUCUUCUCUACCUCUUACCUCCAGUUAUGUCGGUGUGACUUCUGGUUACUACACCGAGAUACUCUGUAGAGACGAUCUCGUACGCGAGUCAUCCGUUACAAAGUCAAAGGUUAAGCACACUUACAUGAGUUCCCUCGAGGUGCUACGAGACGAGAGGCCAGGUGCCGAGGCUCUAAAUCCGGCGACAUCUCACUCAUUUGGGAGUUUGCUCAAGGUAUCUGGUAGUCGAAAACGUCGAAUCUGAAAAGCCUCACGAUGGGAGGAUUUCAAACCCGCAUGGCCUGCACUGGGUUGGCGGUUUUGGCAGUUAUAGCUCCAACCACGACCGCUAUGCACGACAAUAGAUAUCAGAUCCACCAGUUGGAAAAGAAUUAUAACAUUUUGCGCCACCCAAAACGCGAAGCUACUUGCCAACAAUCAGGCUUUACGCUAUGUCCUGCUUCCGCAGAUGGUGGAUGUUGUCCCGAAAACUAUGCCUGUGCCAUAUCGUCCUGUUACGCCACAACGGCGGGACCUACGUCCGCAUGUGGAACAACAGGAUAUUAUAACUGUCCACUUACAGCUGGUGUAGGGGCCUGUUGUCCCGUAGGAUUUCUCUGUGGGCGCGACACAGAGGAUUGCUUGCCGCCGGCCGGAGCAUCAUAUUCACAAUCAUGCCCAUCAUUGUGGUUUGGUUGCGCAGCUUCUCUCGGGUAUGGUUGUUGCCCAGACGGGAUGGUCUGCGGAAGCGCUACUUGUUAUGGAACCUCCCUAAAAACGCUUCCGGUAAGCGAAACCGUAACCACUACUGAUUCUAAGGGAAAUACUAUUACGACAGUGAUCACGAGCUCUUCAGUCAUUUCCCCGGGUCCGGAUCCGUCGGAUACGUCGUCUGCUACGACUGCUGGCGUAGCAAAGUUAAUUCCCAGUACCGUCUCUAAGUUGCCAGCUCUCGAGACUAGUGGUGGCGGUGGUAGCGGUGGCAACAAUGGCAACGGUCUCAGUCAAGCCCAGAUUGGCGGUAUAGUGGGGGGUGCUGUCGCAUUGCUAGCUGUUAUAAUCGUCAUCGCCGUAAUUAUUAUAUGGCGGCUUAAACGGACAGAGAAGGCUGCCAAAGCCGCGGUAAAGUCCAGACACGGGAACUCCAGCGGUGAACCACACUCGCAGAAAUCGGGCUAUGGACAAUUAUCAAUAUCGGAAGUCGACGGUACGGACGUAGAUUCUAUCAUACGGACCCGGAACGCCCACUUUCGAGCCAGAUCUGACUCGUCUACCGCUGGCGAGCAAUCCCGUUCGGAGACGCCAAACUACUAUGGCUCCAAUGCUUCCACGACCCCGCCCGCUUGGCCCGGAUAUUUCCCCCAGCUUCCAAGAUCCGACGCAUCAGACGGUCGCCAGUCAAGUCUAGAUUCCUAUGGCGCACGUCACGAUAACGGGUUCUUUCCCGCACGGCCCAGCGUCGACUCGGAGACACCUCGUACGCACGUGCGUCAAUGGAGUGACGUAAGCGAAUUGGACGGUAGUAUUGUCGGCGCGCACGGCGUAUCAGAAUUAGGCAGUCCCGACGUUCUCGAGGCGGCAAGGCGGCGGUCUAACAGCUCAACGCGCCCGCCCAAGGUCCAGGUCAGACGGACCAGCGACCCAUCCGGAAACUCGCGAGGGACGCGCGGCGAAGGCGUGACACCGACAGCAGCCUCUCUAGGAACGCUUACCGAAAUUAGCGAGCUACACGGAUAUUACGGAUCUCCAGAUAUCGCAGUCGGGCAGACUGCCGCGAGGCUCAAUAAGAAGAAUUCGGCUAUUAGCUCAUCGCCGGGGUACGACACAUAGAUACAUUGUGCUACGAUGUUGCCUUGUAUGACUGAAGCCCAAAUAUCCAUCAUGGGGGAUGAACGGCUUCUACAGAUAUAGAAUGUGUGCAUGAGAGUAUAUGGUCGGUCGUUGGGCUUGUAUUGGUCGAAGGGCUAGAAUGUGAGGUUGUUCUAUGACUCUUUACUUGCUGUCUUUUUGGUGGGAGGAGCUCGUACGGCGUUUAUCGGUUAUACCCACAAGAUCCCACUAUUAUUUUACAUACUUCCUAUAUGCUUUUAGGACGGGCACUCGGCGCGGAUGGAAAAUUGCUUGGGUCUU